UGUUCCGGCAGGAUCUGGCACAAAUUAACCCCUGCUAAUAGCUACAAAACUUGUUCUAUUUGAACACCGACACAAUAAAUGUAGUAAUAUUUCCAGUUCUACUUGUCGCACGAUGAAGGCGUGUCGAAUGCAAGCCUGCAGUGUGAGCAGCGUACCACCACAAGGUUUGGCUCGACGGCGGCGUGUUCUUGUCCAGGGCAGGCCUACGCACGCAAAGUAGAAACUAGUCAGUCUGGGAUCAAAGUUCCACUUCUUAAAGGAGGAGGAGGUCAAUCUGCCUUUAGCCUCAAGUUGCCUACGAGGGUCAUCAACUUGCUUGAGAAAUGGAGUGUAAAUGCGAAACUGGCAACAUUCAAGAUGGAGAAGGGUGGCUGAGUGGCAAAAAUGCCCAGAUGGGAGCUUUUGCCAUAGUGGGGUAUCUUCUCUACAGAUUCUCACAGACUCUUCCCGCAAUAAUCCGAUGGCCGAUUCGUCUCUUCUGCUCCAUAACCGGUCUUUCUGCUCUAUGGGGCUGGGUUAGCCGCAUUGUAGGGACCCUCCGAGGAAUCCAGAGUUUGUGUAAAUGGCUGUCUCGCGUUUGGAAGUUUAUCAAAGCAACUUCAUCCAAAUACCACUGGAUUCUGGCUCUCAUCACAGGAUCCAGUGAAGUAUCUUGGGACAACGAGAAGAUGAGACUGGACCUCUCUAGUCCCUUAAAUGCGAGUCUCAGACUGAUCCUUCUGGGCCCUGCCGGUGGAGGACGAACAUCAGUGGCAAACAUAUUGCUUGGCAGGAGUGCAGAACAAUCAGAAGAACCUCUCCUGGAGAGCGUCCUAAAAAGGGCAAUAGUAGAUGGUAGAGAACUUAGCAUCAUAGACACCCCAGAUCUACUGAGCGGCUCAUUAGGAAGAACUGAGACGGCCAAAGAAGCUCUGAGGAGCAUUCAGCUAGCGGCCCCAGGUCCCCACGCCAUCCUGCUGGUGAUGCGGGCAUCCCGCUCCAGCAAGGAGACACAAGAAGAGGCCACGCAAGUCACGCAAGCUGUACUGGAACUGUUGGGCGACGACAUCCGAGGGCAUGUCAUCCCGGUGCUCACCCACGCUGACCGCCUGAGUCGACGCCGCACUUUUGACCGGCUGCUGGAUACGGAUGUGGGCGGUGUGAAAAGACUGACGGCCAUAUGCGGUCAGAGGCCUGAGCUGCUAGAGGCCGGAACAGAUCAGUCCCCGGAGGAGCAGAGCGUGACACGCAGGUUGCUAGUGGGGCGUGUACUGGAGCUGAAGGGGCUCAAGGGACAUUUUGUCCACGAGCUGUAUAAGAGGGAUGAACUUGUGAGAAUGGAGCUGCUGUAUGACAUGACUUCCGCACUGAGCAAAAAAUUGAAACAUAAUGUCCUGUAGAGGAUACGAUGCGCUGUGUGGCUCUGAAAUCAUUAAUAAAAAAUAUUUUUUAAACAACAGGAGCUGAUGUUAAAGGAUGUUGGGACAGAUUGGUGAAGUUUAUUUGUACUUUUAUUUUCACAGUUGGUGUUUGUAGAUAAGUAAAAAAUAUAUACAACCCCUAGCAAAAAGUAUGGAAUCACCAGUCUCGGACGAGCACUCACUCAGACAUUUUAUUAUGCAGAAAAAACUCAGAUAAAAAGCUUGAAAAAAUAAUGAAUUAGUUCAAAAGUGCAACUCUUAAGCAUUCAUAGACACUAAAAGAAAUAAAUAAAAAACAUUGUGGUGGUCAGUAAAUGUUACUUUUAUAGAGCAAGUGCAGGGAAAUAAAUACAGAAUCACUCCAUUCUGAGAAAAAACAUGGAAUCAUGAGAAACAAACAAAGAAAUAACAAUCAAAACACAUUUCUAGUAUUUAGUUGCACCAUCUGUGGCUUUUAUGACAGUUUGCAUUCUCUGAGGCAUGGACUUGAUGAGUAUUCUUCAUCAAUUUGGUGCUAACUCUCUUUGAUUGCAGUUGCCAGAUCAUCCUUGCAGGUCGGAGCCUUGCUGUGGACUAUUUUUUUUCAAUUUCGACCACAGGUUUUCAAUUGAAGUCUUCAAAUGCUAUUACCUUAUUUUGUUGGAAACAAACAGUUUAAAAGGAACAAGCUAC